ACACCCCCGCCCAGCGCCGGCAAGAGGCCCCUGCUGCUCGGCAAGCGAGCGGGCCUGGGGCUGGGCAGCGCCCCGGGCCAGGUGAGGAACUACUCGCACGCCAAGCAGCUGCCCGUGGCCCAGCGGCCCAGCGUCUUCCAGUCCCCCGAUGAGGACGAGGAGGAGGACUAGGAGCAGUGGCUGGAGAUCAAAGUUUCACCCCCAGAGGGAGCCGAGACUCGGAAAGUGAUAGAGAAAUUGGCCCGCUUUGUGGCAGAAGGAGACCCCGAGUUAGAAAAAGUAGCUAUGGAGGACUACAAGGAUAACCCAGCGUUUGCGUUUUUACACGAUAAGAAUAGCAGGGAAUUCCUCUACUACAGAAAGAAGGUGGCUGAGAUGAGGAAGGAGGCGCAGAAGUCCCAGGGAGCCUCUCAGAAAGUUUCACCCCCAGAGGACCAGGAGGCCAAGAGCCUCGCAGAAAAGCUGGCCAGGUUCAUAGCGGACGGGGGUCCCGAGGUGGAAACCAUCGCCCUCCAGAACAACCGCGAGAACCAGGCAUUCAGCUUUCUGUACGAACCCAACAGCCAGGGGUACAAGUACUUCCGGCAGAAGCUAGAGGAGUUCCGGAGCGCCAAGGCCGGCUCCACAGGCACCCCCCCAGCACCUGAGCCCAGCCCGAAGCACACGUCCCCUCCUGACGCCCCGUCGGGGGCCUCGCCCCCUGCCGCCACCUGCCCCACCUCAUCGGCCCCCGCGCCGGCCACUGCCCCCGCGCCGGCCGCCCCCGGGAAGCCGGCCUCCGCCAUGGCCGCCGUGAAAAGAAAGCGGAAGAGCAGGUGGGGGCCCGAGGAGGACAAGGUGGAGCUCCCCACUGCGGAGCUGGUGCAGGGAGAGGUGGACGCCUCGCCCUCGCCUCUCUCAGUUCAGGACCUCAAGGGGCUCGGCUACGAGAAGGGGAAGCCCGUGGGUCUGGUGGGCGUCACGGAGCUGUCAGACGCCCAGAAGAAGCAGCUGAAGGAGCAGCAGGAGAUGCAGCAGAUGUACGACAUGAUCAUGCAGCACAAGCGGGCCAUGCAGGACAUGCAGCUGCUGUGGGAGAAGGCGCUGCAGCAGCACCAGCACGGCUACGACAGCGAGGAGGAGGUGGACAGCGAGCUGGGCACCUGGGAGCACCGGCUGCGCCGCAUGGAGAUGGACAAGACGCGGGAGUGGGCCGAGCAGUUGACCAAGAUGGGCCGGGGCAAGCACUUCAUCGGAGACUUCCUGCUACCCGACGAGCUGGACAAGUUCAUGGAGACCUUCAAGGCGCUGAAGGAGGGCCGCGAGCCCGACUACUCGGAGUACAAGGAGUUCAAGCUGACCGUGGAGAACAUCGGCUACCAGAUGCUCAUGAAGAUGGGCUGGAAGGAGGGCGAGGGGCUGGGCUCCGAGGGCCAGGGCAUCAAGAACCCGGUCAGCAAGGGCACCACCACCGUGGACGGCGCCGGCUUCGGCAUCGACUGGCCGGCUGAGCUCUCCAAGGAGGACAACGAGUACGAGGCUUUCCGCAAGAGGAUGAUGCUGGCCUACCGCUUCCGGCCCAACCCCCUGAACAACCCGAGGCGGCCGUACUACUGACAGCUGCGCAGGCAGCUUUCCCAGCACCGGUCCUGGACCGUGGAACGUGGCCGCGCUGCGCCCGCCCCUGCCGUCACCAGUGUCGUGCUGUGUAUUAAAGUCUCAGUGC